AUGGCCAGAACAGAGGAUUUGUCGGACAAUGAGGUUGACGCCUUUGCCGCCUCGAAAGAGAAAGUUUUGCUCGACGAAGCUGGCGAAUAUAUGAACGGGUCCGAUGACUCAGAGGUCGACUCCGAAGAGGAAGUUAUGGGACUCAAAUAUCAGAACCCACAAGACAGCGAAGACGACGACGAAGAAGACGGAAGUGAAGACGACGAGGAAGGCGAAGAAGAAGACGAUGAUGAUGAAGAGAAGGGAUGGGGAUCGAAAAGAAAUUACUAUGGUGGCGAUGAUAUUGAUGAAGAUGAUGAAACGGCAAAGGAAAUGGCAGAAGAGGCGCUCAGGCAGCAAAAGAAACACUUGCGGGAGCUUGAAAUGGACGACUUUGUUGACGAAGAAAUGAUGGAGGACUGGAAGAAGUCUGCCGAACAGUACGAUACCAAUGACGUCAAGGCGUCUGUGCCUGUGGUGAGCGAAGAAAACAUCGACUUGAGCAGUCUUGAUGACGACGAAAAGUUGAAGUACUUGAACGGGUCGUUUCCUGAGUUUGUGCCGUUGUUGAAGGAGUUCAACAGUUUAAGUCCGGUGCUCUCGCAGCUUGAAGCGAAAGCCAAUCCUAUCGUCAGCGCCAAGUUUACUGCUUUAUCGUCGUACAUGAGUUCGAUUGCGUCCUACUUUUCUCUUUUCGCCGAGAAUGUUCGCUCCAACAACCAUUUUUCCAUGAAAUCUCACCCAGUUAUGGAGUCGAUUCUCAGCGCCAGAGAAGUCUGGAGACAAGCCAAGGAAUUGAAUUCGACAGAAGAACACGUUGCUGAAGAUUCCGAAGCCGAAGCUGAAGCCGAGGAUGUGGUGAUGAACUCUGAAGAUGAGCAAGUUGCGGAAUCAGAAUCCGAACAGGAACAAAUCCAGACAGACUCCGAAGACGAAAGCGAAUCAGAAGAAGAGAAGGCUGAUGACAGUGACAAAGAGGUCAAUAUUGACGUCAACGUUAAGCGUACCAUUAGAAAGAGACCAGAAAACGUCGUAUCUGGAGACUUCACAGAGACCGCUACACCAGACCAAGUUGACAAAGAAGAAAAGGAACGUCGCAAAAAGUCAUUGCGUUUCUACACUUCCAAGAUCGAUCAAGCCGCUAAGAAGGAUAGCCGGAACGAAAAAUUCACUGGCGAUCUCGACUUGCCAUACAAGGAAAGACUUUUCGAGAGACAACAAAGGCUCAUCGAAGAGGCCAGAAAGAGAGGCUUGGGCAUGGAUAAGGCUCAAUUGGGUGACGAUUUGGAUGGUCAAGACGUCGCUUCAGACGAUGAAAAAGCUGCACAAAAGAUCAACGAGGAUGCUGGAGAGUACUACGAAUCGAUCAAACAAGCGAAAAUGGAAAAGAAGGAUGCUCGUCGUGCAGCUCAUGAGAAGGCCAAGAAAGCUGCCAGAGAAGGUAAGUUGGCUGAGUUGCAAGAGAAUGUGGACGACGAAGGAAAGAGAGCACUUAAUUUCCAGAUUCUCAAGAACAAGGGUCUCACACCAAACAGAAGAAACGAGAACAGAAACGCCAGAGUCAAAAAGAGAAAGAAGUACGAACAGGCGAAGAAGAAACUCAAGUCGGUCAGACAAGUUUACGACGAAAGCAACAGAGGUCCGUACGAGGGAGAAAAAACCGGUAUCAAGAAGGGUGUUUCUCGUUCUGUCAAGCUUGUUUAG